UAAACGGAACUUACGUUCCACACACACUGCCGGCGCUGUUACGUUUACGCUCUUCCUCUUCUUCGGCUGCAAAAUGCUUCGAAUUUUUAAUUUUCGCAUUGGAAAUCGUUUAUAUUGUGUGAAAGCGGCUAGGAAAGAUGCAAAAAAAUAUACAGACACCAUUAACCUGCCGAGGACAAAGUUUCCCAACCGCCUGACAGCAGCCAAACGUGAGGAACAGGAGCGUCUGGUCUUGGAGAAGAAGAUUGCAGUGUCCUACGAGUACCAGGAGCAGGAACAGCAGCAGGGAGUUGAUAAAAGGAUACCCACCUUUGUGCUGCACGACGGGCCGCCCUACGCCAAUGGCCAACUGCACAUGGGCCACGCCGUCAACAAGAUCCUGAAGGAUGUGACGUUGCGACAGCGAGUGGCCCAUGGUCAGCAAGUCAACUACAUUCCCGGCUGGGACUGUCACGGUCUGCCCAUUGAGCUCAAGGCCACGAGUGCUGCCCCAGGACAAAAUGCCCAGGAAAUCCGGCAAAAGUCCCGCGCCUUUGCUUUGGAGGCGAUACAGUCGCAAAAGGAUGAGUUCAGCAGCUGGGGAAUAUUGGCCAACUGGCGCAAGAACGAUAUCUACAUGACCUUCCAGCCGGAGUUUGUAGUUAAUCAACUCCAGAUGUUCUACGAUCUCUACGAAAGGGGUCUUGUCUAUCGGGACUUGAAGCCGGUCUAUUGGUCGCCAUCGUCCAGAACAGCACUGGCGGAGGCAGAGCUGGAAUAUGACCCCAGUCACAUAAGUCCCUCGGUAUAUGUGAGAUUUGCACUCAACCCAAACGGACUGGAUCUAGAUGUCAAAUAUAAGCGUAUAUAUGCGCUCGUGUGGACUACAACUCCAUGGACACUGCCGAGCAAUCAAGCGAUCUGCUACAAUGAGUCCCUAGAGUACGUUUUGGUGAGACUCCAAGAUCACAGCACAGACGAGCUAUAUCUCAUGGCUAAAGCUCUUAUGGCAGACUUCGAGGCCAGUACACAGCUUAAAUGUGAGGUGAUUCAGACUCUUGGUGGCAGCUCCCUAGGCAAGCUCACGUAUAAGCAUCCGAUAGACCAGGAAAAGGCAGAUUUACCCUUCUUCGACGCGAGCCAUGUGCAGGAUAGCAAGGGCACGGGCUUGGUUCACACUGCACCUGCCCAUGGGCCAGAGGAUUUCCUGGUCAGUCUGGCCAGAAAAAUACCCGUGAAGUGUUUGGUGAACAAGGAGGGUAUUUACACCAAGGAGGCGCCCAGCUUUCUACGCGGACAAUCAGUACUGGAUCAAGGGAAUCCUUUAGUUCUACAGCACAUAGCCAAGGAUGUAGUUCACUCCGCCAAGCUGGAGCAUUCGUAUCCCAUUGAUUGGCGGACCAAGCAGCCUGUGAUUAUUCGAGCCAGCGAGCAAUGGUUCAUCAAUACGGAGAAACUAAAGACACCGGCUGCGGAGGCACUGGAGAAAGUUGAGAUCUAUCCCCGAACGAACGCCGAGGCUAGCAAGAGGGCAUUGCUGACGCAGCUGCAAAAACGUCCCUACUGGUGCAUCUCCAGACAGCGGGCGUGGGGCGUUCCCAUACCCGUUCUCUACAGUCGGGAGAGCGGAAAGGUGGUUAUAAAUUCCGCUCUGAUAGAACAUUUCUGCCAGCUGUUGCGUCAAGAGGGUUCCAUCGACUUCUGGUGGGUUAGGCCAAUAGAGGAACUCGUACCUGCGCAUAUUGCAACGGAACUAGGCUAUGAAGUCAAAGAUCUCGUUAAAGGAAGUGAUAUACUGGACAUUUGGUUCGACUCGGGCAGUACAUGGUCGGCUGUGCUGAAGAACGAUAAAGUGGCAGACCUGUAUCUAGAGGGCUAUGACCAAUUCACCGGAUGGUUUCAGUCCUCGCUGCUCAUGAGCAUAGCUGCUCGAGGAUGUGCUCCCUACAAGGCGCUCUUUGUGCACGGCUUUACAGUGGACGAGAAGGGAUACAAAAUGUCCAAAUCGCUGGGAAAUGUCAUCUCACCGAAACAGAUAACGAAGAAGUACGGCACGGAUGCUCUUCGUUGGUGGGUGGCCUCACAUGGCACCCAACACAUGUCCAUAAUUGUGAGUGAUAAACUACUACAACAGGCGGCCGAGAAUGUGAGCAAAAUGCGUGGCACCCUACGUUACCUGAAGGGGGUGAUUGGAGAGAAAGGAGCCGACCAGGAGCAGCAACUACUCCCUGAUAGGAGCUAUCUCAAUAGAUAUUUGCUGAGCCAGUUGGUGGAGUUUGAAUCGGAGGUGGCGAAGCUUUACAGCGCCUACGAGUACAAUCGCGUGGUGGCCUGCAUCCAAAACUUUGUGGCCAACCAGGUAUCCGCCGUGUAUGUCCAUCUGAUUAAGGAUCGUUUGUACUGCGGCAAUGACCAGGAGCUGCUGGCCAUUCGCCAGACACUCACACAGUGCUACCGACAGCUGUGCAAGAGCCUGUGGCCUAUUGUCCCAUUUUUGGUAGAAGAAAGCUGGAGCUACUACGAUGUAUCUGGAGGUGCUUUUCAUGAGCAGAGGGUCGGAGCGAAAGCAGAAUGGGAGGACAGAAAAGCCACAGAAAUUGUACACGCAGCGUUAGAUGUAAAACGUCUGAUAAAUCAACAGGCUGGAGAAGUGAACACCUGGCAUUUAGAUGUGACCAUCAAAGGAAACAAACUGAAGCUCCUGCAGGAACUCCAUCCUGUUCUGGGUGAACCCCUGAGUAAUUCCGAGCUGUGCGAGCUACUCCAAGUGGGAUCUGUCUGCCUCGAAGAGGCCGAUAAUAGCGAUUUAAGCUUGACUAUCACUAAUUUACAGACCACACUCUGUCCGCGUUGUCGUCGCUAUAGUCUGCAUGACGAUGAGCAGGAGACCUGCAAGCGUUGCUCUGUGGUAAUGGAAGUCAAGAACUAAGCUUUAAAUCAGGAUGUUGUUUUUUAGGUCUAAGAAAUAUA